AUGGCAGGUGACCGGUUCCCCUAUCCCCGAACUAGCAUGUCUCUAGUAGUGCAUGAUCUUCGGCCCUAUUCUAGAAGCCCUCUCAAAGCACUCCCCGUCGUCUGGGCAUUGACCGGAUCCAUCGCCUUCCUCUUCAUUAUUUAUCACGCCGACCUAGAUGCCACGUGUGCAGAGUACCGAAGACUAGAGAUCAACCUUGGACUGACGCUGGACUAUAACACCCAUUGUAAGACUUGUUCUUUUGAUUUGCGGGCCCAUGGUCCCUCGAUUUCGGCUCCACAAUGCAUCGCUCUCCCUUCCUUUAUCAUGUUCAUUCUACACAUUAGAUCAGGGCACGUGGCGACGUUACGGCUGUUCCCCAACUCCAGGAUUCUCUAUCCCACGGCCCCCAAGGAGCUUUACCAACUCCGAGAAGGCAACCAAAAGGGUGGUUUCUUAGCCCUGAUCAUAACCCUUCUCCUUCGGACAAGCAGUACCUUUAUGACCGCAUGUGGGCUGCCAAUUCCACGGAUUUUGGAGAGAUGGUUCAACUUUGGCACUCAAGGUCAUAGGAAGCCACGCAUCAAGACUUGGGACGCUUUUUACAAAAAAAUAAACAAAUAUUCUUGCGUUUCCACCCAGCUCAAUAACUUUCUUUUUGAAACCCAUUCCACCUGCUUUUUUCUCACUUCCUCAACCCCAAUAACCAUGUUCCCUCUUUUCCGUUUUACUUCUCCUGAAGCCACUCACAUUGUCCUUCCCUGCCCAGUGUCCGGCGCCAAUACUCAUUCCAACCUCGCUCAAAUCAGAUCACUGCAUAUGCAACAGUUUCCAUUUGCAACAAUUCUCAAGCGCCACAGAUCAACCCUAAAAUGUGGCUUCGUAGCUACACGCCACGCAGCAGCUAGGGGCGCCCCCGGUGUCCACCAUUUCGGUCAAAUUAGCAUGUGUUGUUCUGGACAAAUUGCCCAAUGCCUACCUAGCAACGGCCUACGACACCGAUUUAUGCUAAUGUACAAAUAUACAGUGCUCACAAAAUUUUCCUUUGCAUAUGUUGGCGCCACUUCGUCACCACUUCGUCACCACUACUCUAAUGGCUAA